AUGGCUUCCACGUCUGGCUCAUUGUCUACUGGCUCCCCUCACACUCUGGAGGAGCACUUGCUAAGCCGUCCGACUCCAAAUCCCCGACCAAGAUCAACAACGACACGCUCUCGACUGGGAGGGUCCCUCGUGUCUGGCCCCGUACAACGGGCAACAGGACCACGACGAGCAGCAGGACCUAUCCGGAUCAGUGUGGCCCACUCCCAUCUUGGGAGCCAGGCAGACCUGCAAGCGCCCAGUCUGGAGGAAUUGUUGCAACAGCCAAUUCCCCCCCCUCCCCCCCUCCGAAGAGGACGCAAAAGACGGGACACAUACUCCGUGGCCGCUUUGGACCGCCGAUCGACACAGAUUCGAGCUCAAGAAGAUGAGCGACUCGCAGCUGAUCCUCAUGAGGCAGAAGCGAUUCGUUUUGUUCAAGACAAGUUCAGCAUGUCACUUGCAGAAGACUCGGCAGGAGGGGCGUGGGAGGAUGUCGAGAUGGGUGACGGAGGGGAGGAGGAGGAGACACUUUAUCGGGAGUGGGUAGAAGUCACACGGCAGACUUAUACAUCAGGAGAAGGGUUGUACGCACGGCGAAUCCUCCAGCAAGCCACGACAUGGUCAUUGUUGAUGGAUGAGCUGAUCCCUCCAGAAUCCAGACGCACAUUCGAACUGCAAGUGGUAUCGUGGACUGGUCUGGAGCGUCGCGUUUUCGGUGCGGUCGACCGACAUGCAAGCCCAGUGCGUAUUCUCCUGAGGCAUGGCUUUCUGGCCCGUAGUCCCGAGGUGCCGCGAAUGGCCGUCAACAUCCGGAUAUUGGAAGUUUAUCACCAAGCAAGAUUGCGAGGUUAUAUGUCUCUGGAGGCAUGGACUCGUGUUGUCUGCGACUUACAUGGGGCACCUUACGAACCAUCUUUCCGGAGACGCAUGGCAGAUGCAUAUGAUGCCUACACACUGCUGCUUGUUGCAGUCGAGAAGAGAGUGUCUCAAGGCUUUGGUCGAGACACGCCAGAUUGGCGUGUCAAACACACAUGUCCGGCCUGCAGCUACAAGCUUCAGGAUGAACCAUCCCUACCAUUCUCCCGACUUCUGUGUGGAGAUGGCAACAACUCCAGCAAGAGGUUCGCAUAUGCCGGACAUCAAGACCUCCGUGUGUAUGAAAGCGACUAUAUACUCCCGAUUGAACACGUGGAGCGGUUCAAGAAUGACGUACGAAGCCACCAAACCUCUCGACAAAACAGACGAACGUCUCGAGAAGGAGAUCCCACCGAUGGCCUCCGUCCCGAAGAAGGCACGAAGAUCGGUCUGGAUGAAACAUUGGGGGCUUGUGCAGACAAGUGGAAACCUUCUCAGGCCCGAGAGUCCGGACAGAUCUUCCAGCAGGCACUCGCCGAGACAGGUCAUUUCCUGACCGUAUGUCGGCAUGCCUUCAUUUGCUACUCCGUGGACAUGAUCCGGAGCGGAGAACUAGCCAAGUAUUCCAUAGCAUCCCUCGACCGCCUCAUCGACAUCUAUGGGGCUGACAUUGCUUUUGGCUAUGAUAUUGGCUAUUGGUUUUAUCACACUUGGGAUUCGGACCGUCGUGCAGUACUGGGGGAAUUUAUAUUCCAGAAUUACAGACAAGCACUGAAGAUCAUCCAGACGGAAGGACCAGCAGUGGGAACGCUUUUGAAGAACCUGAACCUGACCUCGAAUGAUCUGGACCAGUUUUGUCUGGAUGAGAAGAACUUUUUCAGCAAUCUCCAGAGAGAGCCGGAAAUGGACGAGAAAGCAUUCGACUAUCUCGAUGUUCUGAAGCUUCUGCAGAGCGCACGGGAUGACCUCGCCGCAAGUCAAGCUCAAUCUUUCAACAUCUCAACUCCGGAACAAUGGAGCCAAGGAGCGAUCCAGAAUCAAGGCCGAUCAAACGAGCGUCUGCAUCUCCAAAAACUCCGCAAGGUUUUGGAACUCGACGCGAUUGCGACCAACUCUGAGGAGAACCUCAACACGGAACGGUGGACUCCGGACCAUCCGUCUUGGGUGCACUAUUCCAGAGCAGCUCAGCAUCAGGAGUUUCAGCGAGCCCUUGACCAUCUCGAGAGUCUCGUGGUUCAAAGACUUUUUGAAAUGGAAAAGGUUAACGCACGUGGGACAAAUUACAAAAUGCGAACCUCCAUCGCAAAAGCUCUGCAAUCCAGGAGCACGGCCAUCCGGACUGCUCUGGGCAACUACAACCCUGUUCUAGACCAUGCUUUCCUCGGGGAGUUCACGAUCCUCAGACACGGGAGCGAAGCAAGCGAUGCCUCCAGACGUUGGAUGGUGCCGCAAGUUUGGGAAGUUGUAGUCAAACAUCUUCUCCUGAAAUGCGCACGGGAAGAGAUUCGUCGACUGGACGUGGAGGUUCGGCGUGUCCUGACAGCUGUGGAAGACAAGCUUCAGGACAUGCAGAGGCAUGUUGACCAGAUUGCUCUCUCCGGAAACGCAGCUCUUGCUGCCAAGAUGCGCUCCCGAGUUGAAGAGAGGUCGUCCAUCAACACACGCGUGCUCAAGCGUCUUCAAGACAUCACGCGCCUUCCUGGGUAUUCUGGUUCCUAUGUGCGAGGAGUGCCGGUGUCCGGUAUGUACGGUGAUGCAGGACCUGGACAGGGAACACGGUGUGAUGGGGAGGAGGUUGAGUCCCCUUGUCCAGAAAGAAGUGGGGCUCUGCGAUCGACUGUUCACGGUCCGGACGCGUCCGGCGAGGAGGAAGAUUGUAGUAUUCAAGAUAUAGAAGCGCUUGCCCACGCAUUUGCCGUGGGCGUAUCUUUUCCAGAUCCUUAAUGAUUAUGCGUCAAUAAAAAAUUCGUUCG